UGAGACUGUGACGCCAUGGCACAGAGGCCACCGGCAGCAGAAAGCAGCAUACUAAGGGCAUCCCUGCAACUGUAUCCGGGCACCGCCAUGGCAGACACCCUGAGGAGACUGGCUAACAGCGAGAAGUGCAGGGUCCUGCAGGAUAAACUGGAUGACUGGUACAAAGACUAUCACAUCAAUUCCUGCGACAGUAACCUGAAUGUUUGCUGUGAGCUUCUCGAGUUGAAUUCCAAAAUUCAGGGUCAGCUUUUUAAAAUCCUCAGUGUUACAGCGCGUGAAGGUGGUCAGUAUGCAGGAGUGGAGACUCUCAAGAGCCGUUUCUUGCCUUGGUUGGGAACCUGCUUUUCUGCAUCUUCUCCAGGAUCAUUUUCUGAGAACAGUUGUAGUAUUUUAAACGAAUCAAUGGAAAGAAAGCUAUCCGCAAGCCAUGAAAGAGAAUUGAAUGAAGUUGAAUCCAAGCUGUCUUCUACCCGAAUUGAACUGAACUCUGUCAGACAAGAAUUACUAGAAACACAAAUGGAUCUGGAAGACACCAAAAACAAAUCAGCAAACACUUUAUUGGCCACUGAAGAGGAGAUACUACAACUCAGAGCAGAGCUGAGAGCUGCUAGAGAGAAGUUGGAGUUAAGAUCGCUAGAUUCCAUUGAUGACUAUGAAAAGCAAAUACGCCUGCUAAGGGAUGAGAUCUCCAUUUUGUCAGCUGAGAAUGGUAUCCUAAAUAGCAGAGUGUCGAGAAGCCGAUCUCCUAGUCCUAUUCGACAUUCCAGCAGAUCAUCUAGUCCAUUCCCCAGGAGUGAGUCCCCUACCUGUGCCAAAAUCACCAAUGCCUCUCGCCAAGCCCGCCUGAUAUCUAGAUUUAAUGAUAUCUUUGCUAACGAUCGUCUGGAUGCACAGACUCUGCUCAGACGUUACAUCGAUGAUCUGGAGAUGGUUCAAAGGAUCAUAUUUAUUGCCACAGUGGAAUCUUUCCAUGCUGCCAAGAUGGCCUUUAGGCAGUUUAGACUCAGAGUACGCAAAUCCCUAUCUCCUUCUCACAUGGGACCUGAAUCACUGGAAGACACUGUCAUUGACUACAUUGUCCGCAACCUGGAUCUGUAUGACGUCCAAUCCAGUGUCAAUGAGGUUAUCAGUGCCAUGAAUGUCAAUCCUAAAAUCUCCUUCCCUCCCGACGUGGACUUUAUUCUGAUCAGCGCAUUCAUCCGGGAGGUGUGCCGAGUAGCUUUUGCCAUGCAGACCCUAGAUCCCCCACUGGACAUAGCAUUUACAGUUGAUGGAGAACUCUUCACUGAGAGCAAGUACCGUCGAACAUAUGAUUCCGAGCACACAGCCCCUCUGGUAUAUUAUCAUGUGUGGCCUGCCUUAAUGGAAAAUGACAAUGUCAUUGUUAAAGGAGAGGCACUAACAAAAAGAGGAGCUCUGUGGAGUUCAGUAAGAAGCAGAAGCAGGAGUACUAGCCCUGUCCGCUCUCGCUCAGCUAGCCCAGGCCGCAACCUGACAUCUAGAAGCCGCAGUCCUUCCCCCAGAAGAAGUGGCACCCCAAGAUUCUAAUUGCCUGGCAUCAUGCGUCCAAUCAGUUCAUCAGGGAUCCAUCUGCAUCAGUGGUGCUUCUUUUUCUUCCUAGUACCUCAGACCUUCAGUACAAUAAUGUGAAUGGAUAUUGGAAGCCUAGCGUGUGUGUUUGCCAUCUAUAAAAUGGGAAAAUGGCAUUGUCACUCCAGCAGCUCUACAAGCUUAUUUCUGUUUCUUAACAAACUUCCUACAGUGUCUGAAGUAUGAAAAAUUAAAUACUGCAGGGUUUGUUCAAGAAAACAAAUGCUAUAAGUAUUUCUAGAAUACCUGAAUGCUUUUUUAUCAAACAGUGUUUGACACUCAUACCUUCAUAUAUGGAAAUGGAAUUAAAAUUAUUCAAUUAAUUCUAGAAAAACAAGAUGAAUCAAGAACAGAAGCAUGAUUUCCUUUGUAUAACAUUGUAUUGUACUCAGUUCCAGUCCAACACAAACAUACACCCAAGGCCUCGCCCUGCCCCUGACAACCCUUGGCAACUCCUCUCUUUCUUGCCUACCUCCAACCCCUGCCGCUUUUAUUGUUCCCACGUACACUCUCUGCUUAUCUCUCCCACACCCCAGAAACUUAAGGUGCCCAUACAUGCACUGAUAUUAUCAUAUAAAAUUAGGUUUUUUACGAUAUUUGGUGCGUGUAUGGAGGGUUGACAAGACGACCAAUAUCAGCAAAAACAUUGGAUAUCGGGCAUCUUGGAAGGUGCCCCAAACAUUGGCAGUAGUUUAAUGCUGAAUUGUCAGAUAGGGGUAGAUUUUUUUUUUCUACCAGUUUUGUUACUUUAUAAACAGAUUUUGGAAUUACCUCCAAGCAAAGUAUAUGAGAUAUGUACUAUAUAUGUAAGAGAGUCACCUAAAAGUAUAUAAGAGGAUUUUUCUAUAGCUGAAACAAUAUUAGCGUAUAUAAAUACAUAAUAAAGUUACUCAGCUUCCAGGAGUAGCAGAACAAAUCAGUAUCUCAAAAAUAACCCUUGGACAACCCAAUACCCAGCUUUUGGCACUAUAUAUGGGCCAAACCCACAGUUUGAAACCUUUGUGGCUUGGAGAUAAAACCAUGUAAUUCAUCUCACUGCUGUUUAGCAAAAAAUGCUCACAUGGUGUAGGAACCUACAAACCUACAGUUAGCUGGGCCCAUAUAUGUGCCACAAAUAUCAUAGCUGCCCCUUUUAUAGUGCCAAACUCAUAGGCAAUUUAGAGAAUCCAAGUAAGUAAUGAGAAUUAUAUAACAUACAACAGUUGAUUGGAUGAAUAACCAAAUCAGAUACCAACUCAAUUUUUUAAUAGCACAAUGAAAGUGCAAAGGAGGGGGGGGGGGGGUUGCAGUUGAAAUUAAAAGCAGAUCAGUGCGGGAACCUUAGCUGUAGGUUUAUUUUCUUUAUAUCUCUCCUUAUCUUUAUCUUUUUCCAUAUUGUGUGACUUGAACAUCAUUUGGACACUCCUAAUGCCAAACACACUAGAUAUAUCUGGGCCACAAAAGCCAAGCCACACAUUAAUUGCAAUAUAUUAUGAUUUUUAAUUAGUUUUAUUUUCUUUGCUUGACGCCCCACAUUAAUCUAAUAAUGGUGUCUUUUGUAUACAGUUAUUAUUUUAAGUUCUGUUUGUGGUAGGGUGUGCCUUAUUUACCUAGAACAAUUUCUGGAUAUUCUAUUGUGCCUUUUUUAGUAUUUGAAAUGUUAUUCUAAGUGAUUUAAACACAGUGCAGUUUGGACCUUACUGAUUUGGCAUUAUCCCUUUAAAUGUGACAUGCACAUGAUUGAUAAAGGGCACACAGCAUGCCCGAAAUUGUGUCUGUAUGAUGUAUUUUAUAUCUUAAUACAAGAUUUUUUGCAUUGAUAA